AUGAUUGCUUGUAGAAUCGUUGCUGUAAUUGGGCUUCUCGCCGCGGGUGUCCAAGCUGGACCAUGCAAGCCCUCAUCGGUUGUUACAACCACGGCCGAUGCUACUUCCACUCACUCGGUUUCGAACACCGGCACUACUACCUCUGGCGACAUCGCCACGACUACCGAGACGACCCUCACUCCCAGCUCGACUGCCUAUUCUUGCGUCAACAAUGAAAAGACCCCGUUCCCAGCUGGUGUCCUUUGCGACACCAAGGGCAUUGGCGCAGACCCGAACAUGCUCUUCCUUACCCAAGUGACUGGUGAUGCCACGAUCGCUCACUGUCGUGAUGUCUGUAGGGGUAUGGAUGACUGUAUUGCUUUUACUGUGCAGCCAAACGUCUUUUGUGAUCUUUGGGGAGGCAGAAUCCAAGGGACUGAUGGUUCUAAUACCGACUUCUCUUGGUACUCCUUGGACUGUUUCUGUGAUCUGCCUGAGUUGUCUACGACUUCGGCAACAGCCACUGCUGCCACGGCGACGACGGGUGCUACAUCCCUGACUACCGACACUGCUAUAACCAAUACAGCGACUAUGGAUACUACAAUCCUCACAUCCGAAACUGCUACUACGGAGCUCGAGACAUCUUCUACGGUUCCCACGACAUCCUCUGCUGCGCUCACUUCAAGCACUGAAACCACCACUGCCGCUGCUACGACUACCACCAUCGCCACCUCCGCUCCUAGCUGCCCCGGUGGAUUCCCGUCUGGCUCCUCAUGUGGCGUUUCUAAACAAUAUGUCGGAACAGGAUCGUACAUCAAAGAUAUAGAUGGAACAUAUACACUCGGCGAGUGCCUGCAGUUCUGCAUUGACCAUCCUACGUGCAACCUCUUUGCAUAUGCCGCUACCUGGUGUGAGCUGUGGAAUGGAGAGUACGCCACCACCGGGUCUUCUGUGAAUUUCAGCUGGAAUAACCAGAGAUUUACCCAUUCGCUCAAUGGACUGUUCCAUGUGCUCCGCCGUUGGAAGCCCUCUAGCAAUCGGGACAUCGGGCUGAUACUGGAGAUCACAGCGUACUCACCUGGUGACAAUGAGUGUUCUCAAGCAGCAUCACUGGAAUACGAACUGCAUGACAACUUCCAGUUAGAAGAGGACCUGGAAACUUCACCCAGCUUUCCAGAAUUCAUGGAUGCCAAAGAGGCUAGAGAUCUGCUCGCAGCUGGAAAGAAUUGGCAUAGGCCGAUGGCCAUCCAAGGCCUGGAGCGACUACAGAGCACACCGCUUGAACUGAGGACAAGGAGAAAUUUUGAGCAAGUCCCGAUCGUUCACACCCAUUGGAUGCGCCAUCGAUUCUCCAGGGGGAUAGCUGAUUCGAGCCCGGCACGGAUAUUGCGCAAGACUCUGACGAGCGUCGCUUCUCUCCGGCUCGAAGCUGUAUCAGGUCCAUAUAUUCGAUUUUGUAGGACUUCUCGCAUAUGUUGCGGUAAAUUGGAACAACCUGAUUCUUCAGCUUCCCCAUCAUAUUCGUCGACUUUCCUUCAACGUCUUUCCAAGAUCACCAACUGA